ACCGUGUAAUUCGGUGUAACCUCAGGGCUCCUGGGAGCGUGUGACGUGCGUCGUGACCGGGAAAGGGCGGAGGGAGGCGGGGGCACCGGCUCCGCUGCCCCCGACCAGGCACUGACCUGCACCUAUCCGUGUCCUCUCCUCGCGCGUGGAAAGCUCGCGCCUUCCGAACUCUCCGUGGAGUUUUCGCCUCGAGUCUUCUAGCUUUGGCCGCAGUCCCAAAACCAAACGCCACCGACGGUCGCGGAGCACCGGUUGUGUGUGUGUCUGCAAUCAGAUCGAUUCCCAGCCCUCCUCCAUUCUGUCUGAGGACGGACACGUUUUCCCACAGAAACCUGAGAAAUCAAUGGUGUGAAAAUGGAUUAUUAACCUGAUACACUGUAAGAUUAGAUGUUCACCUGAUCUGCGGCCGUCACAAUAAUGCCUUUGGGGUUACCAUGUCUACGCUGAACCACGUUAUUCUGCAGGAUAAAGGGCAGAACAAUGAGAAGAAGCUGGACUGGAGUUACAUUGAAUGGAUUGAAAAUGAGGUGGUCAUGACUGGGGUGGCGGAGGCCCAGACGCAGACAGACUCGCAGCCCCUCGAGCACAAGGGGAGUCAGACCACCAAUCCUGUCAUAAUGCACAUCGAUCUAAAACGGAUGCAGUCCAAGCUGAGGCACUGCUCCCCCGUGGACGCCGACCCCUUGGUGACACCUCUGUCGCAGUUUGACCGCCAGGCUCCUGGCCGCAUCUCCACGUCUCCCACCUUGAGGAGGAUGAGGAGCGUGCGGGGUCCCCUGCUGGAUUUACGGGAUUCCUCCGGCACUCAGGAGAAGCCAACGCCCCCGAGUCCAGCUCCCUCCCCAAACCCCCCAAACCCUGUGCUCAAACUCAAGUCUCCUACUGCCACAAACCCCCCAUGUGAUGGAGAGCUGUGUCCCGAUCAUCCUCUAGCUUCAUUCCCUGGAAAGCACAAAGGCCUAUCGCAGCGGUCAAAGACUGUUGGAAGCAUUAUCAUUUCUACAAAGGAACGUCACAAUUCUCAUCCUUCUCCAAUUAUCGAGUCUGAAUCGGCGGACGAUGAACUGCAGCAGGACAAGGAGCCUGUUCACAGAAGGCUCCAUGAGAGGAGGCGGAGCUCCGUGGUGGUCAGCUUGCCUGGACUGGAUGUUUCCCCUGGAGAUCUUUUUGUCUCAAACGGAGCGGUGGACAUCAUCAACGGUUCAAAUUUGUCAGACACUAAGAAGACAAAGUGGCCCUUUUUAAGGCGUAACACGACUAAAGGGAAGUUGCAGAUCGGCACAGGGGCAGAUGUUGAAAAAUACCUUUCUACUGCUCAAAUUCAAGAUUGUGGAAAUGCCGAUCUUCAGAAACUUAAGGACUUCUCCCUGGCCCAGUUCCUGCAGGACCAGUCGUCCCAGAUGAGCCCCGACUCCCACGUCCGCAAGAGACAAGAGGCCAUUUGGGAACUCUUCACCAGCGAGUGCGUUUAUUUUCUGGAUCAGCUGAUGGUCCUCAAUGAGGUGUUUUUAGUCACGCUCAGCAACCUGCAGCUGAGGAACUGUCUGACCGAUGUCAACGUAUGGAGCCUGUUUGCAAAUGUCAACGAGCUUUGCCUGGUGAGCUCCAGUUUUCUGAGGAACCUCUUAAACGUCAUCAAGGACACGCUGGAGAUCACCGAGAGUGGUGGGCCUACCCUGCUGGAGCUGCUGAGCAAGGCCUUCAAAGAGAGCAUAUGCAACAGCCUGCAGAAGUACUGCCUCAACUACUCCUCAGCUCUGCUUUAUCUGGACAGCCUGAAGCUCAGAGAGGACUUUGGCUCAUACCUAAAGUGGUGUGAGAGGAAGGAGCAGUGCAGAAGACUGCAGCUGCGGGACCUGCUGGUGGCGCCACUGCAGAGGCUCACUCGAUACUCUCUGCUGUUGAGGAACGUUGCAAAGAGAUGUCAGGAGGAAGAGGAGAGAAGAGGCAUGCAGGUUAUAGCAGAGCAGGUGGACACAUCCAUAUGUGACUUGGAAGGAAAGGUGAAAUGGCUGCAUAACUUCCAGAAGGUGAAACUCCUCAGAGACGCCCUGGUGUGGACGCCUGUGUGGGAAAGAGACAAGCGUGCCUUCAUCCCAGAGACGCUGAAGCAUCUCCUGAAAACCGUCACUGCUGACAACCUCAUUUCCCACAGAAGUCUGCUUCACGAAGGGAAACUGGUGCUCACAGAGAACACAAAGCUGAUCGAUGCGUAUCUGUUCCUGUUCGAUGAAUUCCUGUUGAUCACAAAGAUAAAGAAAAACAAGAAGCGGUCCCUCACUUCAGACCAGAACCCUCUGAGGGUUCAGCAGCAGAACCUGGAACUGGACCAGCUGCUGAAAGAGGGCUCCACGUUCACUGUUCUGGACCAGCCCAUCUCCCUGGACCGACUCCAGCUCAAGAACAUUGAUCAGUUGAAUGCCUCCACAUCUGGGCUGCCUCAUUCUUUCAUAAUAAUGCACCACAACCGCUACCAGCAAUGCAUCGGAGCAUUUAUCCUACAAGCUGCAUCUGAGUCUGCAAAGAGAGAGUGGAUCUCAAAGAUAGAGGGCGCUGUGACGGAGCAGCUGAAGCUGGACUCCGAGCAUCCGAGAGUCCAGAGCUCCUCCUCCUGGCUGGAGUCCUCACAGAUAUGACCUCUUCAAAAAGCACUAGAAGCCAUCAGAAGCUCCCACUGUCGUCCAAAUGUCUGUACAUGACUGUUCCAGCACUGUUUGUAAAAUGUGUGCCUUCAAGGCUGCUGCUGCUGCUGCACUACAAUAAAGAACCUUAAACCUGUUUAUA